GGGGNGGAACCCAUGGACACGUCGUACCCCCGCGAGGACCCCCGGGCCCCGACGCCCCGCAAGGCAGACGGCGCAGCCCACACGGCCCUCACUCUGGGGGCGCCGAGACCCCCGCCUCGAGACCACUUGAUCUGGUCGGUGUUCAGCACCCUGUACUUGAACCUGUGCUGCCUCGGCUUCCUGGCGCUGGCCUACUCCAUCAAGGCCCGAGACCAGAAGGUGGCUGGAGACCUGGAGGCAGCCCGGCGUUUGGGCUCCAAAGCCAAGUGCUACAACAUCCUGGCCACGAUGUGGGCGUUGGUACCGCCUCUGCUGCUCCUGGCGCUGGUGGUGACCGGCGCGCUGCACCUGUCCCGGUUGGCCAAGGACUCUGCUGCCUUCUUCAGCACCAAGUUCGACGACUCGGACUAUGACUGACAGGCUGGGUCUUGUCCACAUCCUGACCCACGGACCCUGACCCCAGGACCAGCCCCAGGGCACUGCUCCAGGGACUCCGCCUUGAGCCCCUGGAACCCUAACUCCACCCCAGGGCCUGAUGCCCACCCCUCCCACCCCAGCCUGGGCCCCUUAUGCUAACCCUGAAGAUCCCUUGUUUGGACCGCAGUGGUCUCAACUCCAACCUUGAUAGUCCCUGCUCCCCUAACUCCUUGUGCCCAGGCUGGACCCUCCCUCCUCACUCACCCCACUCACUCAGCCUUGGUUUCACAAU